UCAACAUCUCCAAAUCCCUCUCACGCCACUGCCAUUCGAUUAUUUGCUUCUGUUCAGAGCCUUUUCGUACACAGCUCGCUGUUAUCCAGAUCUCAUCUACCGCUAGCCGUUGCUUCUGUUCGGAACCUUUUUCAUACCCAUUACCAGAAAUAUGACAACAAUUGCCAAGUUUGGUCACUUACAAAUCCCACUUGAAGACGUAGUAAAGGCCACCAACAACUUUGCUGAUGAUAACAUCAUCGGACGCGGUGGAUUGGGACACGUAUACAAAGGACAACUCCAGCGGUCCGGGGAGUUGAUCAAGAUUUCUGCGCUGAGGUUAGAUCGUAAGCAUGGUGGAGGAGUCGUCGAGUUCUGGACCGAAGUUUCAAUGCUUUCUGAUCUCAAGCAUCCAAAUAUAGUCUCUAUUGUCGGAUUUUGUGAUGAAAAACAUGAGAAGAUCAUUGUGACCACGUAUGAGGCCAAAAAUGGAAGUCUCAAGGAGCAUCUAAGCAACCCGAACCUCACAUGGACGCAAAGAUUGAAGAUAUGUGUAGGCGUGGCUCGUGCUUUGAGUUACCUCCAUUAUGACGAGGGACGCGGCUAUGGUGUUAUACAUCUUAACAUCAAUAGCUCGACAAUUUUAUUAGACGAGAACUGGGAACCCAAGUUAUCUGGUUUUAAAGUUUCCAUCAAACAAUUGCUUAACCGAAUGGACCGGGUCAUCCUUUCUGAACCUAUUGGCACAAUAGGGUAUAUGGACCCAGAAAUUGAAAAGACAAAAGGGGUGACCUGCAAGUCGGACGUCUACGCAUUUGGUGUGGUAUUAUUUGAAAUAUUGUGUGGGAGGAGAGCAUAUAUUAGGAACGAUGCUAAUAGGUUACUAGCUCCAUUGGUCAUGCAACAUUAUGAAAACGACACGUUGCCAGAUAUAAUCCAUCCCGAUCUAAAGAAUCAAAUGUCCGGAUACCAAAUAUCCGUAAGAUCACUCAGAACAUACUCAGAAACGGCAUAUUCUUGCUUAAAGGAAGAGCGAUCACAUCGCCCAGAUAUGCUCAGUAUUGUUAAUAAACUUGAGAAAGCAUUGGAGAAAGCAUUGAGGUUUCAACCACGACCUGAAAAUUUUGGAAAUAACUUGGAACACUUGAAGAUUGAGCUUGAUGAUAUAAAGUUAGCCACCCAUAAUUUUUCAGACACAUCUAAAACUGGCUCUGACAAUUUCUAUACUUGGUACAAAGUAGAACUAGGCCAUUUUGAUAAAGAAAACCCUUCCUCCAUAGAAGGGAUAAGUAAAAGUAAACUAUUUAAGAGACACAACGCAAUUGUUAUAAAGCGCUUCCUUCCUAAAGUUGACGAGCUCGAAGAAGAAUUAUUUUUCAGAGAACUUGAAGUGCUUGCUAGUGCUAAGCAUCACAACAUAGUCACUCUAAUAGGAUUUUGUGUUGAAGGUUUUGAGAGGAUACUUGUCACCGAGAAAUUUUCUAAUGGAUCACUUGGUGAUUAUUUGGGUAACGCAAAAAAAAUGCAUAAUUUGACUUGGGAAAAACGUUUGAAAAUCUGCAUUGACGGUGCGCACGCACUGAAUUACCUUCAUUAUGAGAUGGCAGAUAAAAAAAUGAUGAUACACAGUAAUAUAACUCCUUUUAGAUUUGGGUUGGAUGAGAAUUGGAGGGCAAAGAUCGAAGACUUUGAGUUGGCAGUAUUCCUGCCUCCAAAUCAAAAAGACGAAGCUCUAUGUAGAAGAACAUAUUUUGAGUCAAUGUACCAUGUGGAUCCAGAAUAUGCGAAGACCGGUAAGCUAAAAAGAGAGUCGGAUGUGUAUAGCUUUGGAGUAGUUUUGUAUGAAAUUCUAUGCGGAAGAGAAGCUGAUGACCCUAUUUACCUUAAGGAGAGUGAGAAAGGGCUCGUUCAUGUUGCAAGACAAAACUUCUACAAUGGAACAAUAGAGGACAUGAUUGAUCCUACACUAAAGGAAGAAGCCGGUAAAAAGACUUAUAGUCCAACUAGAGGAGGCAACAAGGAUUCUUUGUGCACAUUUUUAAAAGUCGCAAACCGGUGUGUGGCGGAGACUCAAGACCAACGCCCAACAAUGAAAGUUGUUCUCACCGAACUUGAGAAAGCAUUGGUCUUUCAACUAAGUCAGGAGGAGCAAGUACAGGAGCCAAAUAAGGACCAAGUUGUAGACGAACUUCAGAUAACAACUUUUCAAAUUCGUGAGAAGCGAGUACAAAAUACGGAUAAUGACCAAGUUGUUGACCAACUUGAGAUGGCACCUCCAGAACUACUUCCUGAGGAGCAAGUACAACAAUUGGGUAAGGAUCAAGUUGACGAAAAACUUGAGAAAGCAAGGCAUGAAAUUCUUCCAACCAAAUGUGAAACUAGGGCACAUGGAAUAGAAGCAAAGCAGGGGUUGUCUGGUUUCCAGAGUCGAGUGACGGACAUUUGCUUACCUCAAAUCUGGCUGGAACUUUCACUGUCAUGCGAAGAGGGUGGAAUUAGAUGGAUAUUAGCUUCAUCUGAAGAGAUAUUAACUAUUCAAUUUCUUUCAGUUCCCUUCUCGUUUUUCUAUCUUAGCUGUAACUCUCUUGUCACGUAUUUAAUUUGCAGAUGAGGAAGAACUUGGAACACUUGAAGAUUCCUCUCACUCAUAUUCAAUCAGCAACCCAUGAUUUCUCAAUCGAAUACAGAAUUACAACUUUUGUGGAUGGCUAUGCUUUCUACAGAGCAGAA